UCUCGGAACCACCCCACAUCUUAUCCAAAAUUAACCUUCUAUGGCAUCCGCUUCUGCCAGCUAUUAGCAUCCGUAAUCGUUGCAGCAGAGAUGUUCUAUUUCGUAUGGCUGAUCAAGCACGGUGGCCAUCGAGUGCCCUGGAUGUUCUUCUUUCUUCAUGGGGCAGCACUCGUCACCGUUACAACCCUCGUCCUGACCACAAUACUGUACUGCUGUCACAAGCUCUCGGCGCUGUUCAAUGGAGCUAUCAACCUGGCUGCAAGCGCUCUGUGGGUAGCAGGGUUCGGACUACUGGCGAACGCAAUGAAUGAGACGAUCCUCGAUGCAUGCACCCAUGCUUUGUGGGGGAAUAGUACCGGGAUCAACAUCUGUAGGCUUUACAAGCUAUUAUUCGCGGCGAGUCUCUUCGGAGUGUAA